AUUGAAACUGUCAGCCACCAAACUCCAAAACACACACACACGACCAUGUCUUUUUACCUUCAUUUUCAAACCUUCCAUCUUUCUCCAUAUUUUUGCUGCAUUUCCUUUACCUUUCCCCCGCUCUCUCUGUUUCUCAUCGCCCAAUUCCGCCAUGGCUAUGCUGCUUCACCUUCGCCGUCAGCCAUGGCCUCUUCAUCUCCUACUUCUCUUCCUCUCUGUUUCCCCUGUUUCUUAUUGCCAAGACACUCCACCUCAAAAUAUCGAAACUUUCUACCCAAUUCUUCCUCCACCACCGUUCUUACCUGUCCAUCCGCCGUCGCCAUCGCCGUCAUCAUCGCCGUCGUCGUCGACGAGGACCAUCGUGACGGCGGUGGCUAUCACUGCAGUGGGCAUGGCUCUGAUUUCCACGGUGUUCUUCUUUUUAAUCCAGAGAUAUCUGAUCAGAAGAAAACGGAAAACAGAGGAGGUGAAUUCGGGACCGGGUCAGGGGCCGGUGUCGCAGCCGGCGGUUGCUCGGAGUGAAUUUGCGCGUGUUGAUGGGAAUCUUAAGGGGUUUAUUGUGGAUGAGGAUGGGUUGGAUGUGAUUUAUUGGAAGAGACUUGAAAGGAGGAAAUCUAAGAAUAGCUUUGAUCGGGGUGAUGGAGAAGGAAAUGUUCAAGCAAAUCGAAGCAAAAAGUCGGAGCCUGUUCAAGAGAUUCCUUUACUUCGAGGGAAAUCUUCGAGUUCUCAUGUUAAAAUUUCACCGGAAGAUGAAGAACCCCGUCGGGUUACUCCUCCGCCACCUCCGCCACCGUCCCACAUUAACAACCCUCCGCCAUUUACUGGGAAGUCUGUUCAGGAAGUUGGAAAACCAUCGAGCAGUUCAAUUCUUUCAUCACCUGCACCACCGCAACCAGCGGCAAUUCCGGUACCUCCGUCACAAUCUCUCAUGGCUGUUCCUAACAAUAAGAGCUCUGUUCCACCACCACCGCCGCCGAUUCCAGCCAAGACCGUUUCAAGACCGCCACCGCCGCCUCCUCCCAUUGCUACCAAGACCAAUUCAAGACCGCCGCCACCGCCUCCCAUUCCAGCCAAGACCAAUUCAGCAGCCCCACCUCCCCCUCCAAUAGUGGCCAAGGCAAAUCCGGCAGCACCGCCGCCGCCCAAGGCCGGCAGUUCCAAAUUGCCGUUACGGCCUGCACCUCAAAAAGAGGGUAAAUCCUCUGGAGAAUCUUCUACAUCGGCCGACAAUGGUCAGGUUAAAAUGAAGCCUCUGCAUUGGGAUAAAGUGAACACCGCAAAUGCCGAUCAUUCCAUGGUUUGGGACAAAAUGCAAGCCGGUUCUUUCAAAUUUGAUGGGGAUCUUAUGGAAGCUCUGUUUGGAUACGUCGCAACCAACCGGAAGUCCCCCCGGAGUGAGGCUAAUUCUUCAGCAAUCCCCACUGGCCGGAACUCAGGGCCAUCGCAGACUUUCAUUCUUGAACCCAAGAAGUCACAGAACAUAGCCAUUGUAGUCAAGUCCUUAACCAUUCCUCGCAACGAAAUCCUCGAUGCGCUCAACGAAGGCCAAGGCCUCGAAACAGAUGUACUUGAAAAACUCACGAGAAUUACUCUGACACAAGAAGAAAUUUCUCAGAUUCUUGCUUACAAAGGAGACCCCCAAAAGCUUGCUGAUGCCGAAACUUUCCUUUACCCUCUCCUCAAAGCGGUUCCAUCUGCCUUUGCGCGGUUCAACGCCAUGCUUUUCCGAUUGACUUUCGGCUCUGAUAUUCAUCAUCUAAAGGAAUCUCUAGAAAUUCUGGAAUCGGCCUGCAAGGAGCUUAGAACUCGAGGGCUGUUUCUGAAGCUGCUUGAAGCAGUUCUCAAAGCUGGGAAUCGGCUGAAUGCGGGAACUGCAAGAGGAAAUGCCAGAGCUUUCAACCUUUCAGCUCUCCGGAAGCUCUCGGAUGUUAGGAGCACUGAUGGGAAAACCACUUUGCUUCACUUUGUGGUGCAAGAAGUCAUCAGAGCAGAAGGGAAAAGGUGUGUUUUAAACAGGAACAAGAGCUUGAGCCGUAACACCAGCCAUGCCAGCGACAGCAGCGUUAGUACUUCCGAUAAUUCAUCUUCGAAAGAGGACAGAGUAAAUGAAUACAUGAUGUUGGGGUUGCCAGUGGUGGGAGGUCUGAGCGCUGAGUUCUCUAAUGUAAAGAAGGCAGCAACGAUCGACUAUGAGAGCUUCGCCAACACCGGAACGUCUCUGACCAACCGAACUGCAGAAAUCCGGCAGCUCAUGGCUCAAAUUGGGAACAAUGGAGGUGGGUUUGGGAAAGAAAUGAGAGGGUUUCUUGAGGCAGCAGAGAGUGAGCUGAAGGUGGUGAGAGAAGAACAGACGAAGGUGAUGGAGCUAGUGAUGAAGACAACAGAGUAUUAUCAAGCUGGAAGUUCAAGAGAUAAGGAAUCAAAUCGGCUUCAAUUCUUCAUCAUAGUUAAGGAUUUUCUAGAAAUGGUAGAUCGGGUGUGUGUGGAAAUUUCUAGAAAUCUCCAGAAAAGAAGAUCGUCGACAGUAAAUGUGGGUUCAUCGCCGGUGAGAUCGAAGGCCAUCUUCCCUAACCUGCCGCCAAAUUUUAUGUCAGACAAGUCAAGAGGGAGUUCUAGUGAUUCAGAUAAUGAAUUCUGAGCAAAUCUUAUUCAUAAACCGUAAUCUAUUUUUUGUGUUCUUGUUAAACUAAUGUACAUAAAAUUCUUAAUCAGGAACAAAGAUGUAAUAAUAGAGCAUUUUAUCCUUGAACAA